AUGAAACCCUAGACGCUACAGAGCGCGCAUCAAAUGCCGCGCUCCUAUUGGUCGACUUUUAAUAGAUUUAUACAAUCUAUUUUAACACAAUCUGUUUUUAUCAAACUUUAGAUGUAUACUUCUAAAUUACUUCUAAAUUAAACGUUAUAAUUUCAAUGCAAAAAUGAUUAAUUGUAUAAUUGAUGGAAUCAAUAAUAUUAAUAAGGAUUUGCAUUGCAAAUUAGUAGAAAGUAAAAAAAAUAAUGUAUCAGUGAUACGAUGCAAUUUAAACAAUGAAGAGGACGUUGACAUUUUUUUUUGCAUAUUUAAAGAAAUAACUGCUACGAAUUGGAUUGUUCAGGGGCAAUUAAAAAAUCCCGAUAGAGUCGUGUAUCAUAAAUAUUGGUUGUGCCAACACAGCCAAAGAAAUAAGGUAUACAAGAAAAAUUUAGACGAAUUAACUCCACGUAAUACAUUGUGUGAGGCUAAAAUUGAUAUUUUAAUUAAAAAAAAUAACAGAAAUACGAGAAAAAAUGAUGAUUAUCUAAAGCAAAAUCCUCCUUUAUGUGGACAAAUUACUCUAAGCAAUGAACAUAAUCAUACAAUCAAUACAAGUGGUUCAUUGAAAUAUUUACGUAUUAAUCCAGAAACUGAGCAAAUAUUCAUGCAUUAUUUUUAUGAUGGAAUGGGGCCAAGUGAAGCUAGCAGACAUCAUGAAAAUGUUAUAAUGAAAAAUCAUAGCCCUUUAAAGUUAUUGGCAAAUGGAUCUAUUAAUCCUAUAAAAAAUACAGUGUACCAUCUACAUAAUGUUUGGAGGAACUUAAAUUUUGGUUCCAUAGAUGCACCAUUAAUUAAAUUGAAAGAAAAUAUUGAAUUGUAUAAUUUAAAAGGAAUUUCAGUAAAUAUAAUGGAGGAAACAUCUAAUUGGGUUAUUCUUGUUGCUACUCCAAUAAUGAAAAGAGCCCAAAUGUUAAAUUCUUCAAAAGAAAUUAUAUUUUGUGAUAGCAGUAGCAGCUGCGAUACAUUGGAAACUACUAUCACCAUUUUAUUGACUGUCACUAAAGCUGAAGCAGUACCUAUUGCUCUAUUAUUACAUCCAGGACAAUCCACUGAAAGCUAUAAAUCAGCUUUUAAAUUUUUAAAGUUAAUUCACCCCAAAUGUUUUGGAAGCUUCAAUGCACCGGAUAUUUUUAUGACUGAUGAUUCUGCUGCUGAAAAACUGGCAUUACAUGAAGUUUGGCCAACUAGCAAACAGUUAUUAUGUCACUUCCAUGUAGCCCAGAAAGAAUGGCGUUGGUUAACUGACUCAAAAAAUCAAAUUUCCCAGGACAAAAGGCAGUUUAUGAUGGAAUAUUUUAAAAAACACUAUAUUGACUUACACACAAUACAGAUAAGUAGUAAACAAAUAGUAGUUGAUUUAAAAUUUAACAGUGAGAAGAACUUGGAGGAAGCUGUAUUUAAUAUUAAAAAACUGUCAAAUGAUUUUCCAAAAUUUGUAAAACGUUUUGAAAUUUUUUACAAACGAAAAACAGAAUGGGUUAAAUUUUAUCGUUUAGAUAUUUUAACUCGUGGUAAUAACACUAACAAUUAUGCUGAAGCAUCAAUAAGGGUUUUAAAAGAAAUAGUUUUAUGUAGAACUAAAGCUUAUAAUGUUACAGCUUUAGUUGAGUCAGUUUCAAAAGUAUGGGAAGAGUACUAUAUCACUAGAUUAUUAGAUCAUGCACAUGUUCGUAAAGAUGAAAUCCAAAGAAAAUAUAUUGAAUUGUACAAAAAAAUGUCUAAUAUAACUUUGAAAGAUAUUCAAAAUCUAGGUAACGGAUUAUUCAUAAUACCUAGUUCAACAAAAGAUGAUGUUAAGUACACAGUCAACAUAAGUAUUGGAGUUUGUAAUUGUUUUGUUGGAGUUGUAGGAGCUUUUUGUAAACAUCAGGCAUGGCUACAUAAAAAUUAUAAUUUAGCCUUUCCUAAUGCACCACCUGUAACAUCUGAGGAGCGACAUCUACUUGGGAAGUUGGCUCUGGGAGAAAAAUGUCCUUCUAGUGACUGGUUUUGUGCUCUUAAAGAAAGUAAAUCAAUAUCCACUAAUACUGAUCAUCCUAUUCCAAUUAAUGACCUGAAAGAAAAAAAUAGUGCACCCAUAGAAGAGAGUUCAAACUUAACAGAUGUUCCUAACUUAAGUGAUGAAACCGAUAGGAAUAAUACUGUAUCAAAGAACAUCAAAAAUGAAUUUAAUAGACUAGAAGACUAUUUAAUACAUGUACCACUAGAAAUUCGUGAAAAAUUUGCAACCAAAUUAAAAUUGAUAAAAAAUCCUCAACAACUUACAUCAUUUAUUGUAAACAUUAAUAAAAAUCUUAUGUUGAUUAAUAAAAAAAGAGGCCAAAUAAAAGUCCAACCGACUGCUAUUUCUAGAAGGAGACAAGGGUUAACUAGAGGUUCAAGAAAGGUUUCAUCUGGAAGACCUCCUGUAGUUGGAAAAUGUAAAAUUAAAAAAAGGAUUCAUAAUCUUAACGACAAUAUUAAAAAAAAUCAAAUGAACGCAACCUACCACGGAAGAACAUCUUAAGUAGUUAUUUAUAAUGUAAUAAUUUUAAUUUCUAACAUGAUAUUUUUUAUGUCAAAUAUUUAUUACUUUUUGCAUUUAUUACUUUGAUAUAGAUUAGGUUCAAAUUUUUUUUUAUUUUUUUAUCAGUAAUUGGUGAUACAGAAUUUCCAGUAUUAUAGCAGAUUUUAUCAAUCUCUGAGUUAUACACAAUUUUUUUCUAUUUUAUAGUUUAUAAAUGCCUAAAUACUUAAAACUUCUUUUGGUGGGUGGGUGUCAAAACCAAGAUAGGUCAUUGAGAAUGAAUAUAUAUUAGAAGUUGCUGAGGCGGGUCAUAAUAAUACAAAAAAGACAAUUUAAAACCCUGAAAAGAGGUUGUUUAACUUAUAAAAUCCUUGGAAGCAUAAGUGUUAAACAAAUAUUAAGUACUUUAAAUCUGAAAUACGCAAUUGUCUCGCUGACUGUCAACAAUAUUUUCUUAACUUAGUAAAAGAGUUACUGUUG